AUUGAAAUAAAUAACAAAGACAGAUAGGAAGGAAGCAGUAUCACAUAGAAGAAAACGCUCAAAGUUUCAACCGACCAAAAAUGGCUAUCUGAGAAACCCUAAAUCCCUAAUUAUUAGAUCGGUGAUUUAAAACCUGAUCGUUCAAAGUCGGAUUAUAUUCGGGUUUAGGAAGUUGGAAUAUUCAGGCGGCGUGUGACUUCGGGAAUUGAGAAAAAUGAGUGCACCGAAGAAAAAAAAUUUCCAGAUAGAGGCAUUUAAGCAUCGUGUUGUAGUGGAUCCGAAGUAUGCUGAAAAAACUUGGAAGAUCCUUGAACAUGCGAUUCAUGAGAUUUACAAUCAUAACGCCAGUGGUCUAAGUUUUGAAGAGCUCUAUAGAAAUGCAUAUAACAUGGUACUACACAAAUUUGGGGAGAAGCUCUAUUCAGGACUUGUGUCAACUAUGACAGCACAUUUGAAGGAAAUUGCAAAACAUAUUGAAUCUACUCAGGGAGGGCUGUUUCUUGAAGAACUGAAUCGGAUAUGGGCAGAGCAUAACAAGGCACUGCAAAUGAUUCGAGAUAUAUUGAUGUAUAUGGAUAGAACUUUCAUUCCCAGUACACAUAAAACACCUGUUCAUGAGCUUGGUUUGAAUUUAUGGAGAGACAACAUCAUCCACUCUAGCAAAAUACACAAAAGGCUUCAGGACACACUUCUUGAACUAGUUCAGCAUGAGAGGACCGGUGAAGUGAUAAACAGGGGUUUGAUGAGGAAUGUAAUACAAAUGCUAAUGGAUUUAGGUUCUUCAGUAUACCAAGAAGACUUUGAAAAGCCGUUUCUUGAUGUCUCGGCUGAUUUCUAUCGGCUUGAGUCUCAGCAAUACAUUGAGUGCUGUGAUUGUGGGGAUUAUCUGAAGAAAGCUGAGAAACGUCUUACCGAAGAGAUUGAAAGAGUGUCCCACUAUUUAGAUACAAAAAGUGAACCCAAACUUACUAAUGUCGUGGAGAAAGAGAUGAUUGAAAGCCAUAUGCACAGGCUGGUUCAUAUGGAGAACUCGGGCUUAGUGAAUAUGAUCGUAAAUGACAAGUACGAAGAUUUAGGAAGGAUGUACAACUUGUUCCGAAGAGUGUCAACUGGGCUCGCACUGAUUAGGAUGUACAAACUUACUAAUGUCGUGGAGAAAGAGAUGAUUGAAAGCCAUAUGCACAGGCUGGUUCAUAUGGAGAACUCGGGCUUAGUGAAUAUGAUCGUAAAUGACAAGUACGAAGAUUUAGGAAGGAUGUACAACUUGUUCCGAAGAGUGUCAACUGGGCUCGCACUGAUUAGAGAUGUCAUGACUUCUCAUAUUAGAGAAAUUGGUAAGCAGCUUGUCACUGGUCCAGAAAAGUUGAAGGAUCCUGUAGACUUUGUGCAGAGGCUUUUGGAUGAGAAGGAUAAGCAUGAUAAGAUCAUUAGUUCAGCAUUUAACAAUGACAAAACAUUCCAGAAUGCUCUCAAUUCCUCAUUUGAGUUCUUCAUUAAUCUGAAUCCACGAUCACCAGAGUUCAUCUCUUUGUUUGUGGAUGACAAACUUCGGAAAGGGCUGAAAGGGGUUACUGAGGAGGAUGUAGAGAUCAUAUUAGACAAAGUGAUGAUGCUCUUCCGCUACCUUCAGGAGAAAGAUGUGUUUGAGAAGUACUACAAGCAGCACUUGGCAAAGAGGCUACUCUCAGGGAAGACGGUAUCUGAUGACGCAGAGAGAAGUUUGAUAGUUAAGCUUAAAACAGAAUGCGGGUACCAGUUCACCUCAAAACUGGAAGGCAUGUUUACUGAUAUGAAGACCUCACAGGAUACAAUGCAGGGUUUUCAUGCUGCUGCGGGUGCUGAUCUUGCAGAGGGUCCUUCACUUACUGUCCAGGUUCUUACUACUGGGUCCUGGCCAACACAAUCUGUUAAUACUUGCAAUCUUCCUUCGGAAAUCUUAGGGGUCUGUGAUAGGUUCAAGACAUACUAUCUGGGGACCCAUACGGGUAGGAGGUUGUCAUGGCAGACAAAUAUGGGGACUGCUGAUCUGAAAGCUACAUUUGGAAAGGGACAGAAGCAUGAGCUUAAUGUUUCCACUUAUCAGAUGUGCAUCCUUAUGUUGUUUAACAAAGCGGAUCGAAUGAGUUACAAAGAAAUUGAACAGGCUACGGAAAUACCAGCUUCAGACUUAAAGAGGUGCUUACAAUCUCUCGCUUGUGUCAAGGGGAAGAAUGUUUUGAGGAAGGAGCCAAUGAGCAAGGAUAUUGCUGAAGAUGAUGCCUUUUACUUCAAUGAUAAAUUCUCGAGCAAGUUCUACAAGGUGAAGAUAGGUACUGUUGUUGCACAAAAGGAGUCAGAGCCUGAGAAACAGGAGACUAGGCAGAGAGUGGAGGAGGACCGAAAACCACAGAUUGAGGCAGCAAUUGUCAGAAUCAUGAAAUCUCGGAGGGUGCUAGAUCACAACAAUAUAGUUGCCGAAGUAACAAAGCAGCUACAGUCUCGAUUCCUGCCAAACCCUGUUGUCAUAAAGAAACGAAUUGAGUCUUUGAUUGAGCGUGAAUUCUUGGAGAGGGAUAAAACCGAUAGGAAGUUGUAUCGUUAUCUGGCUUGAAGAAGCCACAGGCACUGAACCUGUGAUUUUUUCGGGAUUUGUUGGGCCCUGAACUUGUCGCUAUGUAAGUUUGAAUGUUUAUCAAGUCACUUGGUGCCCAGGCGGGCUUUAAUGACAGUUGUUUGUUGGUACAA